AUGGCUGUCAGUACUGUAUCUGCUACAGUCAUCAAUCUUGCUGCUAACAAUCAAUCACUGCUGAUUGCUGCUGUACUGCUGCUGGUUUGUGUGGCUACCAUAUAUUCAUUUUUCUCUGGCGGACAGAAAGGUAGAAACCCUCUACAGUAUGACCACAGAAGAGCACCGAAACCGAUUGUUCAUGACACCAAACUCCGAGAUAUUGUACUCAAGGAGAGAUUCAAACCCACGAAAGUGCCAGACAACCUGGACGUUAUCAUCAUUGGUAGCGGGGCUGGAGGACUUUCGGCGGGAGUCCUGCUGACGUUUGCUGGCCUGAAAGUCCUGGUCCUGGAGCAGCACGACCAGGCUGGUGGAUGUUGUCAUACUUUUGUGGAGAAGGGUUUCGAGUUCGAUACCGGGAUCCACUAUGUCGGCGACGUACAAGAAGGCUCCAUCGCUCGUGUUCUCCUAGACCAGCUGACCUGUGGGCAGUUGAGAUGGGCCAACAUGGACGACGCCUAUGACACGGUGGCUGUGGGAACACCGGGUGAAGUGAAACUUUUCCCUAUGAAAACAGGAGCAGCUGCUUACUAUCAGAACCUGCGCCGUAUGUUUCCCCAGGAGCAAGAGGUCCUUCAGGCAUACGAGAAACUCAUGAAGGACGCGAACAAAUCAUUCUUCGGGUUUAUUGCCUUAAAAGUCAUCCCUGCCAGUAUCGCCCGCUUCCUCAUUAACUCCAGCCUGUACCGUCUAGUGUUCAAGUGUUACCGGAAGGGGUACGCCAGCAGAAGUCUGCAGCAGGUCCUGGAUGAACUCACAGGCAACAAAAAGCUCAAGCUGGUCCUGUCUUACAUCUGUGGAGAUUACGGUGUCCUACCCAAAGAUGCACCGUUCUUACUGCACGCGAUCCUGGUAGAGCACUACAUUCACGGGGGUUUCUACCCCGUCAAUGGAGCCUCGGAGAUCCCCUUUUACAUGACCCAGGUUAUACAGCAAGGAGGCGGGAAGGUUCUCGUCCAGGCUCCGGUGACCGAGAUCUUGUGUGAUUCAACUGGUAGAGCAGUAGGCGUUCGAGUUGGCAGACAGGAAGUGGAGGUACGAGCCAAACACAUCAUCUCUGAUGCUGGAGUCACCAACACGUUCAAGAAGUUACUUCCGGAAAAUGUAGCCAGGAAAUCUUGCAUCUACCCAUUGAUUGGUGACGUUGGACCCAGUUAUUCUUUCCUGUCCGCAUUUAUAGGUCUAGAUGGCAGCACUAGCGACUUGAAGCUGUCUGCAGGCAACAUGUUUGUGUACAGUGGAAAAGAUAUCAACCAAUCAGUGUCCGACUACCUGAAUGUCAAGGCUGAAGAUGUUGAUCACACGGACAUCCCUUUUUCUUUGAUUUCCUUCUCGUCUGCGAAAGAUCCAGAAUAUGACGUCAAGUUUCCUGGGAAAUCGGCAGCAGUUGUGCUCACCUACGCCAACUGGGAGUGGUUCAAAGAGUGGAAGGACGAAAAGGUGCGUCACCGUGGGGAUCGUUAUGAAGGGAUCAAGGACGCCCUUGGCAGACAGAUGUGGCAGCAGUGUGUGGAUCUGUUUCCUCAGCUGGAGGGCCGGAUGGUUCACAUGGAGGUAGGGACACCGGUGACCAACCGCCACUACCUGGCGUGUCCCUACGGUGAGAUGUACGGUCUGGGCCAGAGAAUGGCCCGUUUUUCACCUGAUGUAGCCUGUAAACUUCGGGCAGACACGGACAUUAAAGGUCUCUACCUCACAGGACAAGACACGCUAACAUGCGGAUUUGUCCCCUCUGUCCUGUCUGCUGUCCUGUGUGUCUCCAAGAUCCUUCACCGAAACGUCUACUCUGACCUGGUCAAGCUGCAGACCAGCCUUAACAACCGAGGAGUCUGA